AGAUUGAUUGCCAAACAAUGACCGAGUGAAACAAAGCACGUAUGGAGAACACGGAGGAGAUACUCCAGGCUCUUUUUAUCGGCAUCUCAGUCGCGUCGGUUUUACUACAAACAUGUCGAUACAGAAAGGCUAUCGAGUUAUUUACUGAAUGCUUGGAGUUUCUGAAUCAGUGCACGUCGAAGUUAGAAGCCGAAGUAUUAAAGCGCCUUUCGGCACUUGUCUACAGCAGGUUAUCUUACAUUUAUUUCCAUAUUGGAGAUUUUAAGAAUGGCUUUGAAAACAUAGAAUUAGCAAAAGCUAUGUAUCCCCAGAUGGGUGGCAAUGAAUGUACAGCCGAAGAUCUCGACAGACCUCAUAACGAGCACGUAUCCAAGGCCCAUGACUCACCGGGUAAAGAGGAAGAUGAAGAAGUUAUUAAAAUUUUAUCAUUGGCCAGGAAUGUUGGAGACAAGGUAAAGGAAGCAUGUGUUCUAAACAUGUGUAGUCAAAUGGCUCUUUCUCGUUUCGAAUACUUCAAAGCCAGACCCCUUUUAGAAAGAUUAGCUGAAUUGUAUGGUGACUUUGGGGACAGGAAACAAGAGAGACUUACAUUCGAUCGCCUUGGUGAUCUGUGUAAGUCACUUGAGGAAUACGACCAGGCACAAAAAUACCAUGAAUUGGUCUUGCUUAUGGCGGAGGAAGAUGAAGACACCUACAUGCAAGGGGCAGCCACUGGUAAACUUGGGACUUUAUAUAACUUACGCAGAGACUAUGUCAAAGCAAAAGACCUGCGCAAGAAGGCACUAGAAAUAAGUGUGAAAAUCGGAGACAAGGAAGGAGAAAUAAUUGAUAACAGAUUCCUCUCUGGUGUGUUGCUCAAUCUUGAUGAAUUCAAAGAGGCUCGAGACUGCUGCCUAAAGGCACUAGCCCUUAGUAAAGAAAUUGAUGACAAAAACCAGGAGGCUUCAGCAUACAGUGAUCUGGGUGAUGUCCAUAGAAAGUUGAAAGACUUUGAAAUGGUGGAGCACUGCCACAAGAGAGCUAUAGAACUAUACGAAGAAACUGGAGACUUAGAAAAUGAAGAAAGUGAAAACAGUCGACUUGGAGAUCUUUACCGUUUUCUUUGUAAGUAUGACCUGGCACUUAAAUGCCAUGAAAGAAGUCUUAUCAUAACGAAAACAACUGGUGAUAAAAGAGGAGAAGCUACGCAAUAUUGUAAUCUUGGGGCUGUUUAUAAAGAUCGCGGAGAUUUUCCCAUGGCUAAGGAAUGCGGUGAGCAGGCGCUUGCUAUCAGCACAGACGCCAAUCAUGUAAGGGGGCAAGCAAUUGACUACGGCAAUCUCGGAGUUAUCCACCAGCAUUUUGGUGACUACAAAACGGCCUACAAACUCCACCAAAAAGCACUGGAGAUUAAAAUUCGAAUCGAUUUCAAGGAAGGAAUGCCUGCAGAGUACCAUCAUCUUGGUUGCUGUUGUGAGCACCUUGGUGAGUAUGCAAAGGCAAAGGAGUUUUGGCAUAAAGGACUUGACAUCGCCAGAGAUAUUGGCGAUAGUCCGAUUGAGUCAAAUAUCAUCGCUAGUUUUGCAUCUGUGGAGCAAACUAUUGGCGAGUAUGAAAAUGCAAAAGCUCAGUUUGAGGAGGCGCUGCGUAUCAGCGAAGAAGACAAAGACCUCAAGAGACAGGUAUCUCUGACCAGCAAUCUCGGACAAAUUGCGCAUUCUCUUGGUGAUAUACCUAAGGCCAAGGACCUUUUCGAAAGAUCCUUGCAAACGCUGAAACAAAUUGGAGAUAAAGGAGGAGAGAGCACUGCUUUGUCAAACCUUGGAAUGCUUUAUAAUUCACUGGGUGAAUAUUCUAAGGCGAUAGAAUACAACCAACAGGCUCUUGCCAUUUCACGGGAAAUAAACGACAGAGAGGGAGAAAUGAUAUUAAACAGCAACUUGGGACAGCUCUACUUGUUGCAGAAAGAAUUUAAGAAAGCUUCUGAUUGUUUUAGUACGGCACUUUCAAUCUCUCAAUUAAUAAGUAACUCAAGAGGAGAAAGCCUCAGCUACUGCAACAUGGCAUUGCUGUGUUUAACUAGAGACGAUACACCAAGAGCUUUCUUGUACCUCUCAGCAAGCAUAAAGACCCUGGAAAAAACGUUGGUAUUACAUGGAGAAACCGAAACUUUUCAGAUAGGCUUUGCACACCAGCACAAUGACCCCUAUCGAUUAAUGGUUGUCGUCCUCCUUAAACUGGGAAGUGAUGAUCAAGCUUUGUCAGUGUCAGAACUUGGACGUGCAAGAUCAUUGGCAAAGCGAAUGGAAACUCAAUAUUCAGCGCAACCUUUACCUGGUUUUGAUCCACUGCGAUGGCUUGAUCACCGAAACAUUGUCCAAAAGAAAUCUUGCACGUGCCUAUCAUUUUACUUUUUUGGCGAAUUUCUUUUUUACUGGAUUUUAAGGGCUAACAUGAAGACAACUUGCAAGAAGAUGUCACUGAGACAAUGGCUUUCAGCGGACAAUCAACCUAAAUGUACCUCCAUUCAAGAUACGUUAGAGAAUCUGGUGAAUGAGUGUUACAGAAGGUUGAUGCUUUUGCCGGAAGAACGAUGUGAAGAUCGCUAUUUGGUCCUGGAUGAGGAGACAAGAUCGCCAACCAAUUCUGAAGAAAGCCAACAACCUCAAGAAAGUUCCAAUACUUACCAAUUCAAAGAAAAGAAUGAAGGAGGAGCAAAGGAGGAAUCACCCCUCAAAGGGUUAUACAAAGUCAUUAUAGCUCCUGUGGCUGAUCUUCUUGAAGGAUCUGAGAUAGUUGUUGUUCCUGAUCGUUCACUAUACAGAGUUCCAUUUUCUGCAUUGAUGAACGAGCAAGGCGAAUUUCUGGCAGAAAAGUUCAGGAUUCGUUAUACUCCAUCUUUGACGACUCUCAAGCUGAUCCAAGACAGUCCUGCAGAUUAUCACAGCGAGACAGGAGUUCUCCUUGUUGGCGAUCCUGAUGUUGGUACACUUGAUCGAUUACCAUGUGCUAAAGAAGAAGUUGAGAUGAUUGGAAAUAUUCUUAAUGUUCAACCCUUAACUGGUAAAGAAGCUACCAAGGAAGCGGUACUACAGAAGAUACACUCUGUAAGUCUCAUUCACAUUGCUGCACACGGUGAAGCUGAGAGAGGUAAUAUCGCAUUAGCUCCAUCCAACCGUGAGAAGGACGACUUUCUGUUAUCAAUGGCCGAUAUCUCAGCAGUCAGAUUGCGAGCCAAGCUGGUGGUGCUAAGUUGUUGUCAUAGUGGAAAAGGCCACAUCAAAGCUGAAGGAGUUGUUGGAAUAGCUCGAGCCUUCUUAGGAUCUGGCGCUCGCUCAGUGUUGGCAUCUCUCUGUGCUGUGAACGACGAAGCAACAAUGGAGUUCAUGAAGCAAUUCUACGAGCACUUGGUGGAUGGGAAAAGUGCCAGUGAAUGUCUUCAUGAAACCAUGAAAUGGAUGAGGGAGAACCCUAAGUACUCGGAAGUGAGAAAGUGGGCACCAUUCGUGCUGAUUGGAGAUGAUGUGUCAUUCAAAUUCGCCAAGUAAAUUGAAAGAAACUCUUUCCUCGCUGAAAGAUCGAGAAAGUGUCAUGUGUCUCAACACGAUAAACUGUGACCGAUGUUGCUGUUAUGAAGGAACUCGGAGAGGAAAUACAAGUUCAGCUGACCGAUACCUUUGUUUCAGUAGACUUUUAAUUUUGUAGUUUUUAAUCAUAAGUUUUAUUAGAAGUGAUCUUCCGUUGACAACGUCUCUGUAGUAUGCUCAGUAGAGACCUUAAGGAGGCUCGAAAGGGUUUUCCACAAUUAACAGCAAGUGCCAAUCAGUAAUAGAUAUCAGAACUGUCAAACUUAUCAUCGGGAUAAUGACUUGACAUAUGCUUAACACUAUGUUAGGACAAUCUUUUAAGGGGGCUCCUCAGGCAUCAUCUGUUGCCAUGGCGACAAUACAGUAAUGCUAAAAGACCUUCUAAAACUCAGUUUUUGAAAGAUAUCUCAAAUACCAAGUCGGUGACCUAGUUUUUUUUUCCAAAUUUAUUUAACAUCAUCACAUUCUCUAUCUGCAUACGUGAUAUAAAAAGAACUAACAAGUAGAACUUGAAUCAUUUAGGAAAAUGCUGUUUUAAAAUGUAAAAAAAAUUCCACUAGAUAAAGUUUUUUAAA